GCCUGUGUUUCACAUCUAUGUUGACAUGUUCGCUAGACGUCAACGACGACGCAAACCCUCGGACCACUCCCGCUCGGUCACCAUCAGACGGACAACCUCACAUCCAUGACGUCUGCCAAAAAAUCUAUGAUGGUCUAUCCCGUCGUAUAGCCCUCCAGAUCAUCCAACACUCGGGAGAGACUGGAGCUGGAAAAACCCAUUUGACGAAUCAAGAAUGUCAAUUCUUCUUUCGUACCGACCUCACUGGCAUGUCCUCAAAACUUGGCGAUGGUAUCCAACUCAUAGAAUGUCUCGGUAAAGCCUCCACUAGACUUAACGUCAACUCUAGUCGUUUUGCCAGAAGCGUCACCAUAACUUUUGACACUUUCAACCCCUCUCAGCCUUUGCCUACCCAAGUUGAAAUCGAAGUGUAAAACCUUUCUCUCCCCAGAUCUUCCUCCUCCGACUCUGCUGCCCUGCCCCAACUGUGCUCUCCAUCUUGGUCUCGGAUCUCUACCCUCUUGGCAUCGUUUUUCGACCCAAGAGACAUGUCCGAAAUCUCCUUCAUCCUCGAUAACAUCCUGGACCUGUUGAUCGGACAAGACCCAAGCGGAAUACUCGUAGCUGGAUACAUGUACGAAACCCUCUUCUCAUCCGUCGUUCAUAAAGUCAACUCGGCCCUCAUAGGAGCGGGAACGAAACUUUCCCAAACUGAAACUACUGGAAAAGUCAUGCUUGUUGAUAGCCCAGGAUUUGAACUUGUGGAUCAUAUGGCUCUCGAUCAAUUCCUCUAC